GGGAAGCAGCUCACAGCUGGAUCUCCACCACACACACACGUAUAUGUAUACACAUAUAUAAAUACAUAUGUGUGUGUAUAUACACACACACACAUCUGCAGAGGAAUAAUUCAUUCUUCUUCGGAGCCUCGGAGGAGAGACAGAAGAGCUCACAGCUGCAUGUUUCACAGAUUGGUCUUCCGCAUGAAAAAAAUAAUCUAUCAUCCACCCACUGCUGAAGAGACAGAGGAGGAAGAAGAAGAAGAAGAAACGUCUCAGCGCGGAUCAGCCGGAGGAGAGCGCGGAACAGAGCGGCGCUAGUGUGUGUGUGUGUGUGUGCGUGAGCUUUUAAGUGGACGGGAUGCCGACUCUUUUUGUAGAAACCUGAUCUCACUACUCGGGCGCGUGUCGUGGGCGGCGGAGAGCUCCGUGAUUCACAAAAACAACACAGACACACACAGGAAAACCAAAAGAGAGCGAGAGAGAGAGAGAGAGAGAGAGAGCACCUCUUUGGAGAAUACAAAAACAAACAAAACAUCCCGGAGCUGUUGUGUUUUUUCUCUUAACGGGUUUCCCAUGAAGGAGGACUCAGAAAGCCGAGACGAGUCUUCUGGAUUUAACCACCUUCUUCUACUGUGUCGGAGGGGGAAAAGGUGCAGCCACGACUGAGAGGAAUCUUUUCUCCGGCUGGAAUAAAAACCUACGACAAGCAAUAACUCUUUUUCCUCACCACAGCUGGAUGAACUUUGACUGCGCUCUGAGUUCUCGUCCACUCUGCUGAACUCACGUCACGGGGCAGAAGGGCUUUGGUUUGUUUACUGCACCUGGACCUCUCAGGCUCUUUUUUUCUCUUUUGGGUGUUAUCGUGCAGUCGCCUCAAGACCUUUUCUCCCGCCUCGUCAGCAGGUGACAGACAAUUGCAGGAGGGAGCGUUCGAGGAGGAAAGAAGAGACUCUGAGCGAGACGCUCGAACAUUUUCACCGGCGUUUUAAGACUUGAACAAGGUAAAAACAAUAAAGAAUGAGAAACAAGUGCCCACUCUCUCUUGUGUUAGUUUGUCAGGUUUGUGUCAAAUGCGAAUUACUUGAUGAAACUGAGAUGAAUCCGACAGCAUGAGGGAUGUGAAACGCACGUUUUAAAAAGUCAUAAGCCAGGUGACAUCACAAUCAGAUAUCUGGCUGCCGAUGCCCGCGGCCUCCCAGUGGCGUCAUGUCCUACAUUGCUGGGGGCGGUGGCUUUCCGUGGGGUGCGGCAUUGGCGGCGGUAACGUCGGAGCCGCCAUCGCAUUCGAGGCGGUUCGUCAUUGUCUUGCUAGUUUGUGUCCAGCUCCUGCGGCCGGGUUCGUCCCAGGCCGCGGGCGUCCGCCCGUCUCCGGGCCCCUCCGAGGCAGACGGGUGCAUCCGCGCCUCGGACAUCCUCAGCUGCACCGCCGCGGGUCUGGACUGCGCGCCGAGGGAUAUGCCCAUCUCCGCCGUCACCAUAGACCUCAGCCACAACCGGAUCGGGCAGUUGGAGGGGGGCGGCUUUGAGGGGCUGGACCGGCUGCAGACCUUACGGGUGGCGCACAACCAGCUUAUCGUCAUUAUGCCGGGGGCCUUCAGAAACGCUUCGGGGUCUCUGCUGCGACACCUGGACUUGUCGUCCAAUCGGCUGAGUGUGUUGGAGCAGCACUACUUCGAGGACGUGCCCGGAUUGGAGGAGCUGCUGCUGUUCGACAACCGCAUCGUUCACGUGGAGAGCAGAGCCCUUGCCGGACUGGGCAGCCUUCGAAAGGCCUACCUCAGCCACAACCGCCUCACCGACUUCCCCUUCUUCUCCAUCCAGGAGCACAGCCACCCUCACCUGUCCAUGCUGGACCUGUCCUCAAACCGCCUGUCCAAACUACCCCUGGAGGACAUUACAAACUUACCUGUCUCGAUGCAGCGGGGACUCUUCCUUCACAACAACUCCCUGGUGUGCGAGUGCUCCAUGUACGGACUGUUCCAGCACUGGGACCAGAGAGGGUUUGCCUCAGUAACGGACUUCAGGCAGGAGCACACCUGUCUGGUCUUUGGGAUACAGAAGGGCACCGUACGCUUCUUCCAGCACGGCCGCUACUUUGACAAAUGUGACCUGGCGGCGAUGAGUCAAGGGCUGAAGGAGCAGGAGAGCAGCGUUUUGGUGAAGGUGGGAAAGCCGUUGCUGCUGCAUUGCGCGACCACUUUGGCCGGACGCCACGUGACCUUUCUCUGGGUGUCGCCAAAUCAGGAGUACGUGGCGCCACCGGGUAACAACGGGUCGUUGAAGAUGUACGCCAACGGCAGCCUGGAGAUCAUGGCGGCACGCGUGGAAGACUCCGGCAUCUACUGGUGCAUGUCGCUGGAUGGGCGGCAACAGCGCAACGAGACUUGGGAGGUCAACGUGACCGUAUUGGCGCACCAGGACGAGUCUCACGAACCGUUCAACACCGGAUUCACCACCCUGCUGGGCUGCGUGGUGAGCCUGGUGCUGGUCCUCAUGUACCUCUACCUGACGCCGUGUCGCUGCCCUUCGUGCCGCAAGCCCCGGACCCCGGCCACCCCAAGCCAGGGCAACGAGGCUGGAACGGGGAGCGCCCAGUCCUCCAUCCUCACCCCGACCCCGCCGGCGACGACGGAGGGUCCGGGUCGCAAGGUCAGUACCAACAAGCACGUAGUCUUUCUGGAACCAAUCAAAGAGCAGCAGAAUGGCCGACUAAGGGCGGGGAUGGGAGGACAUUUGGGUCUGGGUUUACUACUAGAGGCAGAGCAGCACUCAAAGCUCCACAGCCAGGCGCAGCAGACAGAGCCCGUCAUGCCCGUGUUCUCAGACACUCCGGUCAAGUUGCCGUAGCAACGUGGCAAACAAGAGACAGACUCUAACGUCACUUCCCAAUGCCCCUUAAAUUAGAGCCCAACCCACUUCCCCCAGCACCAGACUACCUCCCGCCGCCCCCAACGCCAGACCACCUUGCACUGCCCCAAUCACCAGACCUCUUCAUCACCUCCAAAUGCCCCCUAAAGAAGAACCAUUACACUUUUUUUUCCCCACUGACCCUAAAAGUAGACCCCAUCCCACUGCCCCAUCACCGGACCUUCUCACCACCUCCCACUGCCCCUAAAACUACACUACCUCCCACUUCCCCUAAAAAGAGACCUCAUCCCACUGCCCCCACCACUGGACCACCUACCACUGCCCCCACCACUGGACCACCACCUACUGCCCCCACCACUGGACCACCUCCCACUGCCCCGAUCACCAAACCAACUCCCACUGCCCCGAAUCACCGGACCACCUUCCACUGCUCCCAUCACCGGAUCACCUGCCACUGCCCAAAUCACCAAACUAACUCCCACUGCCCCGAAUCACCGGACCACCUUCCACUGCCCCAUCACUGGACCACCCCUCAAUGCCCCCAUCAAAGGACCAUCUCCCACUACCCCCAUCACUGGAACACCUCCUACUGCCUUGCACCCCAACCCUGAGCAAACGGGUAAUCCGAAGUGACUUUCAAAAUGAUUUUUUUCUUUGCAGCAGCCUGAUGAAGUUGAAGAGCUUGAAUAAUGUUUUAGAUUAUUUGAUGAUUGUUUGCCCCGGUCUCGCCUACUAGGCCCUACAGACAGCCAUCCACCGAUGCACUGUGAUGGGACGGGCUCAGAGUGGCAGGGUAGGGACGGCGCGCGUAGAGAAAGAUUGGACAGGGGAGCAAAAAAAAAAAGGUUAAAAACCAAAAAACAGACAGAUUAUGACCUCGGGGAUGAGCUGCCUCAAAGUCUGAGCGAGGAAUGUUUCAGACAAAAUAAAAAAAGGACUUUGGGAAUGUUUUUCCUGCCACAGCGACUAAGCAUGGACCCUUUAAGCACGGCUUGUACCUUUAAUAAACAUUUGCUGCAGAUGCCUUCUCGUAUCGAAGGGAGAGGAGAUAAAAAAUAUGUCCUUUUGUAGAGCUUGUUCUUUGUAGUGGGCUGAAUAGAGCAGAACCGAUGUGCGUAGCGUAGCUCUGUCACGAUGUGAAAUGCUAAAGAGUAGACAAGCUAGAAGAAAAAGAUCUUUUAAGAAAAAAUAGAAGCAGUUUUAAAAAGGAUGAGGUUUGAACCCCCUACCCCGAUCCUUCCUCCUCUGCCUAGGAACUUGAUUACAGUCAUCAUUAGUCACGACCAAGGUCGGGAAAUCAAAAGGGAAAAAAUAAAUAAAUUAUAAGCAUCAGCUGAAACUAUUUAUGCUGCAGAAGAAGAAUAGUGGUUUGUUUAGUUGAAGGGGGCAAUUUUCAAUGCUCUUUUUGUUUUAUCUGCCUGAGACGACAUAUAUAGAAAUAAAAAUAGCCUUCGUGUGCGAUGAACACGGGACAAUCAGGGCGGACAUGUCUUUUGUUUUUGUAUGUAUUUUUUACUGUAAUCCCUGCAUUUGCCCCCCCGCCUCCUCCACCUGUCUUUACCUGUAUGUUAAUAAACAUCUGUAUCUGGACUGUCCAGGUGAA